CCCACACAACAGCUUUUCCUGUUAACACGUCAGCUCCGCGGUGGCUUGUCUUAUCGACAGGCUAUAGCGGUGGUGAAUGCUUCAAGUUUAAUGGCAGAGAGAAAGAGACACACAAGGAUUUCAUUUUAAAAGCUUAAUUUCCACAAGCGGAGUCACUUUGCAACAGAGCUGUCCUCCCGUGUUGCAUUUGAAGAUGAUGCGAUUGCUGUUCCUGUGUCUGCUGCUGCUGCUGCCAGCUGCUACUGCUGUUUCAAAAGAAGAUAAAGAAGAGAAGGAAGGAUCAGCUGACGAUGGGGAUGAUGAGGAUUCAUAUGAAAGUGUAGUGAAUACUCGUGAUAACACCCUUGAUCCUCACUCAGUUGUUGAUAAAGCCACAGGUGUAAAAGGAACAAUGGAUCACCUCACCCUGAUUGUCAUCGUUGUAGCUGUGACUGUUUUGACUCUUUCAGUUGCAACGGUAGUCUCCAUCAUGUUAGUAAGACGCCGCAUGCACAGACGGCAGCAAGGGAUAUACUCCGUGCCUACAGAGCAGGACCAGAAAGUGUCCGUCUAAUUCCUGGUGGAGUAGCAGUCCCAUAACACACAGGCAAGAGAGGAGCAAUGCAGCGGGCUAUGUCAUCUCCUACUCAGGACAGUUACACUUCUUUGCACAACAGCCUGCUUGUCACCCUUCAGUUCAUUGCUCACUCCUGCCCAAACUCAUCAAUACAUAUGCAAUAUCUGUUUUUUUCUUUUAUUUUUUCACUGUUGUAUACUUUUGUCUUUGUCCCAGCCAUUUCUACUCCACAUACACACAAUUUAGCCUGGGACAUUUGGAACAUAUUCAAACCUUCUAAUUGGAUUCUAUUUGAGGAAUCCAAAUCAAAGCCAGUGAAUAUGGCUUAAAGCUUCUUUUGUUAAAAGGGAUAAUUUAGCACAGCCAGAGCUCCCCCCUUUUUUUACUACCUGAAACAAGAAAUUAUUCCCACCAGCUAUGCAGUGAAACUGUAUUUGCCUUCUCCUAUUCAGUUGUCUGACAUCUUCUGUUCCUGGCCUAUUAAGAAUGACAGGAGACAGUGUAAUAGGAAGAUAAAAACCUGCCCCCCUCUCUCAACCUCAGUAAAAAAAGAAACAAGUGGAAAUAGCCAGUGUGAACAUCAGCAAAUUAAUCGACCGCCAUGAAUGAUGAUGUUUUCUUUUCCCCCCUCUCUUUUUCGUUUUGAAAGGCUUUCACUUUAGUUUCGCAGAUUGUAAAUAGCUCUCUGAAUGCUGUUGAGAGUUAGAUUAAUGCCUCACACAGUGGUAGAGAGAAGCUGUGUGCGAGGGAGUGAUAAAAUCUCACGAAUCAAAUGAAGUGUUGGGGAUGAUUUGGAAAAUACCAACAAUGCCUUUGUUUCAUUCAUAUGGCGUUUGAUGGCUUCUCUGUUUUCAUUUAAAUGGAAAUCAAUCAUGCCCUGUGAAAGAAAGCUUUCUAUCAAAGAAGAGCCCCUGGUUGCUGUAUUGGUUGCAAUACAGAGAAGGGAGCCAUGUAUUUUAUGUGUGGCUUUAUGAGCAACACUUAUAAUGGGGUCAUCAACACUGGGAAUGGCUACAUGGGGUUAAACACUGGAUUUGUCAAAGAAGGAUCUCACUUUGUUCUUCCACUAAGUCUUGCAGCUAAUCUCAUCACUGGGAGCAAGGCCGGGCUCCAAUCUAGCCAGAUUUGAGAGCAAAAUCAAUUGUGCAGUCACGUCUUUAUCAGGGUGCACAGUGGCUAUUGGUUUAUGUGGAAGUGUCAGCUUGGCAUUUGUGAUUGUGCAUAACUGUUAUUAUUAUUUCAGCACUGUGUGUACAAUAUGCGUAUUAAUCAAAAGUGUAGCAUUGCCCAAUAAGCCUUCAAUAUGUUUUAGCAUUUCAAAGAGAGGACAAUUGGACAAAAAUUGCAGUACAAAACAUUUCAGUUUUUAUGUCUUUGUAGUCUACCUAUUCAUAUUUACUCAUGUUCACCAUUCCUGUUGGACAAACAAACUGCAAUGCAAUAUUUGAGCAGCAGAGUAAUCUCUUUGAAUUCUUUUUCCAAAAUGUAGAAAGCAAACAGACUUGUGCAAAACCCCAUAGAGAAAUCCAGUAUUUGGUCGAGCCUGCUCCACGCAUGUGACCAAACUCUACUCUCCUGUAAAGCCUUUCUGCAGUGAUACUACUGAUGUAAAUGUAACAAAUGUAGCUGUUGAGCUUUGUGUCUUUCUCAACGUGAUGAAUGUGGAAAAGGUUAUUUCUUUUUUUAAAACUGUCUGAUUCUCCUGUGGUGGCCGUAACAGCUCAAUGCUUGCAACUUAACAAAAACACACGCAAAGACACAAGACACAAGAAAAUGGAAAAAAUGCUGCAAAGUGAGAAAAUACAAUCAAAUACAGAAAACACAACUAAAUACACUCAACAGAACAAAAUAUGUAAAUGAGCUGCCUAUACGGAAAACACAAUUCAACAAAAUGCAGAAACAUUGUGCAAAGAGAGAAAACACACAUUUGUCUUAUGUUUUGUCGAUUUAAAUGUAUUUUUUAAGUUGCAGUGUAUUCUCAGGGCCACCGUACUGAAGUUUUAGUUUUUAAUAUAUAAAAUAUUAUAUGUAUUAACAAAUGUGGCUAAAUUGUCUUUUUAUAUACUUGUUGAAUUCAAGGGGUUAUGCCUUCUGUCCAUUAUUCAUUUAUACAUUGUGUAUAAAAAAAGCUGUGGUGGUUGGUCAGAUAUUUGCCAAAAACAAUUUUGUAAUGUAAAAUAUUUGUAGUUUAGUGUCAUAUUGCAGAAACAAUGUUUAAAUGUGUGUAUCCGGAUCUAGUAAUUGAGCUGCUGUCAUCUUGAUUUUGGUCUUAUAGCAAUAAAUGAAUACUACUGUGUAUAUA